AUGCGAGCAUGUAAAUAUAAUAAUAUCAAGAUAGUAGAAUAUCUCUUGACAUUGAAAGGAAUUGAUGUUAAUGCAAAGAGUCGAAAAGGAAAUACUGCUCUUCAUUAUGCAUGCAUUAAUGAAUCAAUUGGAAUAAUUCUACUGCUUUUAAGUUACAAAGGAAUAGAUAAGAAUGCUAAAAAUUCAAAAGGAUUAACACCAUUUCAAAUGACUCGAAAUCCUGAAAUUCAAAUAAUGCUUAACUCCCAUUAA